AAAUAAUAUAAAUAAAUAAACAAAUAAAAAAAAGGGAAGAAAAGAGGGAGGAGAUGAGGGGGGAGGUAGUGAUGGUGGUUAACGUGCAAUGAAGGGAAAAAAGUUUAAGGAAGUUAACGAAAGCAGUGCUUGCAAGGCACAGAUGCCAAUAUGAUCCCUUUUUCUUUCAUUCAAUUUCUCCUCUCCCUUGCCUUAUGCCAUAAUUUAUUCGUUGUUUUCUCUCCUCUUCAAAGUCUCUUUUUUUGCUUCUUCCCUCGUCUUGGCUUUUAAAUUCCUCCCCUUCUUUGUUUUCCCUCUCUUACUUACGUUCCUCUAAUCGUCUCCUUUUGUUUCAAUUCCCAGCUAGAAUUUGCUGAAAAUCAUUGUUGUUUUUGGUUGUUCGUUAGAGCAUUUGAGCUUUGGUUUUUAUUCUUCUUUUGGAGGGAAAAUUCUUUCGCGUGAGGGGAAUGAUUUUGUGAAAUAUUUUGGGUUUAUUUUGAAGAAUAUUUUCUUGGUUUUUUCUUUUCAUCAUCAUGCCGUCUGAAACAAUGGACUUUCAGACUUUCUCUGAUGAUAUACUUUUUCCCACUGGGCGGCAGGUUGGGUUUUGGAAGUCUGACCCCAUGCUUGAGCAGCGAGCAGCAUGCAAGAAACCGAUCACUUCAACCAUGGAGAAAAUCAUGCCUGUGGAAAGUCAGGUUACACGAUAUCUAGAGCAUACCGAGUCUUUCACCAAGCAAAAUCGGGAAGCAAAUCUAAGCGUAGAUAGCCGUACGGUGGGAGCAGAAAGAGUAUCGAAUCAAUCACUAAAGUUGUUGAAACCUGUUAGCCAAGGUCUAGGAACAACAUUGAGUUUUGGUGGAGAGAAUGGAUUUCAUUCCGAUGAAGGAAACAAAGUUAAUACUGUGACUUCCCUGUCUGAGAACAGUCUAUUCUCGAGCUCAUUUUCGGAGUUCUUCACUCGGAAAUUGAGAUUAUCUUCAAACAAUGCUCUGUAUGGAAAUUCGAUUGAUACUGUUGCCUCAGACUAUGAGGAAGAGGAACCAUUGGAGUCACUUGAAGAACUUGAGGCUCAAACCAUUGGAAACCUUCUACCUGAUGACGAUGACUUGUUUUCGGGAGUGACUGAAGGACUUGAUUCUAUUGUCCAACCAAAUGGUACAGAGGAUGCAGAAGAGUCAGAUGUUUUUAGCAGUAUUGGAGGGAUGGAUUUAGGAGAUGAUGGUCCCGGUGUUCGAAAAAAUUACGAGUUCCCUGAGAAAAGUCGCCCGGGGUUAUUGAAUGGUUCAGUAGCAGGAGAACAUCCUUCUAGAACACUGUUUGUGAGAAACAUAAACAGUAAUGUUGAAGAUUCUGAAUUAAAGGCUGUUUUCGAGCUAUAUGGUGAAAUUCGCGCUCUUGACUCGGCUUGCAAGCAUCGUGGUUUUGUUAUGAUCUCGUAUUUUGAUAUUAGAGCAGCACAAAAGGCAAUUGAAGCACUCCAAGAUAGACCAUUGAGGUCCAGGAAACUCGACAUUCAUUACUCGAUUCCAAAGGACAAUCCUUUGGAGAACGAAGAAAAUCAAGGCACUCUAGUUGUGUUUAACCUUAAUUCAACUGUUUCAAACGAUGAAAUUCGUUGCAUAUUUGGUGCUUACGGAGAAAUCAAAGAGAUCUAUGAAACACCGAAAAAAAGUCAACACAAAUUCAUUGAGUUUUAUGAUGUCAGAGCUUCCGAGGCUGCUCUUCAUGCAUUGAACAAGACUGAAAUUGCUGGGAAUCUCGUUGAGAUUCAGCUUAGCCAUCCUGAGAGUUUGAGAAGAUGUUCAGUGCAACAGGUUCCUUCAGCAGGAAAGGAUGAAUGCUACCCUUACGAGCAUGCAUAUAGUCCCUCUAAUGAUGCAAAUUUGGCAUUUUCCGUGACUGCAGUUGGGGCAAACUCGUCAAACAACAUGGAUAUUGGAACUAGUUCCGGGUUGAACUCUGCUAUAAAAGCCCCAUUUUUGGAACCAACGGUUCAUCAUGGUAUCUCUUCUGGUGUUUCUAACAGUUUAACCUCCAUGGUUAGAGCGGGAUCAAUUGGCAAUCAAUCUGUCAUUGCUGAGUCGGAUCACUUGCAAAUGAAAUUUGACAUCCAAGGUGCUCCAGCUUUUUAUCCUUAUUCGCUACCGGAGUAUCAAAAUGGUUUAAGUAGAGCUAUUCAUUCAAGUUCGAAACCACUGGAAAUAAUCGAUAAUAAGUCGUUUUCCUUAGUUAGCUCAACGGGGCACUCAUUUGAAUACCGUAAUGCAGGUUUUCCAUCUGCCGGAAAUGGGAGCCACCUUCCUGGACGUCAUUGUUCGUGGAGUAACUCUUAUCACCCUGAGCCUCCAAGCAUGAUGUGGCCUAACUCACCUUCCAUGGUUAAUGGAAUUUAUGCUGCUCGUCCCUCGGCACAGCUUCAUGGACUUCCUACGGCUCACACGCUGAACACUGGUGUACCCGUAAUUAACUACCAUGUUGGAUCGGCACCAACUGUUAAUCCAUCUCUUUGGGACCGACGACAUGCUUAUGGAGGCGAAUCUCCCAAGGCUUCUAGUUUUCAUCUGGGUUCUCUUGGUAGUAUGAGAGGACUGCAAUUGCUUCACUCCAGGUCCCCAUUAUAUAACGGAAGAGGGAACAUCUUUCCGAUUACGAAAUCAGCUGGUUCUCCCCAUGAACAUGCUAGAAGCCGGAGGAAUGAGGGCAGUAUUAAUGGGGCUGACAAGAAGCAGUACGAGCUUGAUAUCGAACGUAUAAUACGAGGGGAAGACAAGCGGACAACACUCAUGUUGAAGAACAUUCCUAACAAGUACACCUCGAAGAUGCUUUUGGCUGCAAUUGAUGAACGCAGUGGAGGAACAUAUGAUUUUGUUUAUUUGCCGAUCGAUUUCAAGAAUAAAUGCAAUGUGGGAUAUGCAUUUAUAAACAUGAUCGAACCGAGCCAAGUCAUUACGUUUUAUCAGGCAUUCAAUGGGAAAAAAUGGGAGAAAUUCAACAGCGAGAAGGUGGCUUCGCUUGCGUAUGCUCGUAUACAAGGGAAAGCAGCCCUUAUUGCACAUUUUCAGAACUCGAGCUUGAUGAACGAAGACAAGAGAUGCCGACCUAUACUCUUUAACACCGACGGCCCUAAUGCCGGUGAUCAGGUGCCGUUUCCGGUAAGGGUUAAUGUUCGAACUAGAUCUGGAAAAGCAGCUCGUUCCUCUAACAAUGAGGAGAAUAAUCAAGAAAGCCCUUCAAAUUCGGAAAACGAAGCGAAUUCAUCUAACUGAGAAACUUUCAAAGUGAGUCAGGCUAACAAAACCGAUUUUCCUUUCGAUUGGCACUAACCUUUUUCGUAAAACCGCAUCCAUCCAAGAUCAGGUGAAACUUAAAGUGAACCUAAAUUUUGGUUGACACAAAAAGAGUAAAUUAUAAAAAACAAAUAGAAUGUAUAUCCUAUCAUUCAUGGCAUUGAAAAAAAGAAAAAACUUUUGUUGCUCUUUCUUAUUAACAUUUUUUUAAAGCUUUUUUAGAUCCCAAUCUGCAAAUUGCUGGGGAAGUCAAGGACUUGAAAAGUUGUUUAAAUUUUACUAAAGAGUGUGUAUUGUGAAUCCAAAUUCUUUUGAGUUUCCAUUUGUGUACCUUUCUGUUUGAUCAAUGAAAAUUUAUCAUUAUUAUUUA